AUGUCUGAAGUGUAUGUCAAUGAGCCCUCCACGCGCGGCAAGGUGGUGCUGCACACCUCGCUGGGAGACUUGGACGUGGAGCUGUGGACGCGCGAGUGCCCGAAGGCGUGUCGGAAUUUCCUGCAGCUGUGCCUGGAGGGCUACUACACCAACACGAUUUUCCACCGCGUCGUGAAGGACUUUAUCAUCCAAGGCGGCGACCCCACGGGCACGGGACGCGGCGGCGGCGACACCACGUUCGACGAACAGCCCUUCGAGGUCGAGCUGCAUCCGCGCCUCAAGUUUCGCUACCGCGGUCUCGUCGGCGUCGCCAACUUGGGGCGGGGCGCCUCUUCGUCCUCCGCGUCUUCCUUCUCGAGCGAGAAGACGAAAGGCGGCAAGGCCCUGGGGACAAACGGCAACCAGUUCUUCAUCACGCUCGGCCGCGCAGACGUCCUCAACAAUGCGUACACUCUCUUUGGAAAGGUCACUGGACACACGCUGUACAACUUGAUGAAAUUCAACGAACUCCAAGUGGGCAAAGAGGACAGACCCGAGAGUCCGCCGGUCAUCAAAGGCGUCGAGGUGCUGUGGAACCCCUUCGAGGACAUCGUCCCCAGAAGACUGCCUGCACUCCCCUGCGACCCCCAGGCUGCGCCGGGCGAGGAGCGCGAGACGCGGAAGAGGACGCGAGGCGCAGAGGUGGUAGGGAGCCGUCGCGCCGCGGGCAGCCAGCGGAAGAAGAGCGACAGGGAAGACGAGGAGAAAGAGGCGCGGGAAAAACUGAAGAAGGCAGACAAGAAGCUGCUCUCCUUUGACGAAAACAGUGAGGGCGAGAGCGCAGGCGAAGCAGCGCAAAAGAAGCGGAAAACUCUGAGCGCGCAUGACCUGCUCAGCGACCUCCAGCUUCUCAGAGAGAGCCACACCGGAGAGGAAGAGGAGGAGGAGGGAGACGCGGACUGGCGGUUGACAGAGAAGUUGCGUGAAGGCGGCGGCGCGGCGCUUUCCAGCGUCCGAGCCCGUCUGGCGGCGCUGUCCGCUUCUUCCGGUCCUCGCGACCAGCUGGGCGGCAGCGAAUCGAGUGACCGACGCGCGCGCGGAAGCGAGGAGGACGCGAGCGAAAAUGCCCGCGAGAGCCGAUCCGCUUCUCCGUCGUCCUCAGACGACGAGCGCGAAGGUGGAAAGGACGAAGAGAGGGGAGAAAGAAGCCAAGGCGCAGCGGUCGGCGAGACACGCCGCAUCGUGGAAGGGUUGCGGCGGCUCAGGGGCGGAGGCGCCGACGGCAGAGGAUCUCGUGCGGCGCGGGAGGAAGUGGCGAACAGCGAUCUCAUGACGGAGGCCGAAAAACGGCGGCAGAUGUUCCUGAUCAAGAAGAGAGAUCAAGGUAGCAAGCAGCGGCAGGAAACGACGCUUCAGAAGCUCGAUCGUUUCACAGAGCAGCUGCGGCGUUUGCGGGCUCGGGGGUCGUCUGGCUCUGCGUCGUCUGCGUUCGACAGGGAGGCCUCCGUGGAGUCGACCUUUCCGGGGGCUAAGGGCGGCGGUCGCGGAGGAUCGCGCACGUUGGCGGGGAAGGCCGCGAAGGCGGAGGCUGGGACCUUGAACGCGCUGCUUCCGGAUCUCGACGAAGAAAUCGAAGAAAGCGAUGGGUCCUGGCUACAGAGUGGGGGCCUGCGGUUCGCAGUCGACAGCGCGCGGGCGUACGAACUCGACCAAGUUCGCGCGGCGGGCUCCGUCGUGGUCAUGGAUCCCCUCAAGGGCCUCAGCGACGAACAGAAAAGACGACGCGCGGAGGAGCGCAGGAAACAGCAGGGCCGCGCCAACCCAGACGGCGUGCGAAACGUCCCCAAGUGGUGA